AUGGCCAAGGUUGACCAGAAAGCCGUUCUGAUCGUCAUCGAUGGUUGGGGUGUCGCGGGCCCUAACUCCCGCCCCGACGGCGAUGCCAUCGCUGCCGCCGAGACCCCCUACAUGUCUGGCUUCGCUGACCCCGAGUCCAAGACCGCUCAGGGCUACACCGAGCUCGAUGCCUCCUCCCUCGCGGUCGGUCUGCCCGAGGGUCUCAUGGGCAACAGUGAGGUCGGUCACCUGAACAUCGGUGCCGGCCGUGUCGUCUGGCAGGACAGUGUCCGCAUCGACCAGACCCUCAAGAAGGGUGAGCUGAACAAGGUCAACAGCAUCGCCGCUUCCUUCAAGCGUGCCAAGGAGGGCAAUGGCCGUCUGCACCUGCUGGGUCUGGUCUCGGACGGUGGUGUCCACUCCAACAUCACCCAUCUGGUUGGCCUGCUGAAGGUCGCCAAGGAGAUGGAGAUCCCCCAGGUCUUCAUCCACUUCUUCGGUGAUGGUCGUGACACUGAGCCCAAGAGCGCCACCACGUACAUGCAGCAGCUACUUGACCACACCAAGGAAAUCGGUAUCGGCGAGAUCGCUACCGUGGUCGGUCGUUACUGGGCCAUGGACCGCGACAAGCGCUGGGACCGGGUUGAGGUCGCCAUGAACGGUAUCGUCAAGGGCGAGGGCGAGGAGAGCUCUGACCCUCUCGCAACUAUCAAGGAGCGCUACGAGAAGAAGGAGACCGAUGAGUUUUUGAAGCCCAUCAUUGUUGGCGGCAAGGACCGCCGGGUGCAGGACAACGACACCCUCUUCUUCUUCAACUACCGUUCCGACCGUGUCCGUGAGAUCACCCAGCUGCUGGGCGACUACGACCGCUCCCCCAAGGCCGACUUCCCCUACCCCAAGGAUAUCCACAUCACUACCAUGACCCAGUACAAGACCGACUACACUUUCCCCGUCGCUUUCCCCCCUCAGCACAUGGGUAACGUGCUGGCUGAGUGGCUUGGCAAGAAGGACGUGAAGCAGUGCCACGUUGCCGAGACCGAGAAGUACGCCCACGUCACUUUCUUCUUCAACGGUGGUGUGGAGAAACAGUUCCCCGGUGAAGUGCGCGACAUGAUCCCGUCGCCCCGGGUUGCCACCUACGACUUGGAGCCUAAGAUGAGCGCCGCCAGCGUCGGUGACAAGACGGCCGAGCGCAUUGGCGAGGGCACCUUCGAGUUCAUCAUGAACAACUUCGCUCCCCCCGACAUGGUUGGCCACACCGGUGUCUACGAGGCUGCCAUCCAGGGUGUUACUGCCACGGACAAGGCUAUUGGUGCCAUCUACGAGGCCUGCAAGAAGCACGGCUACGUCCUGUUCAUCACUGCCGAUCACGGUAACGCCGAGGAGAUGCUUACUGAGGAGGGUAACCCCAAGACCUCCCACACCACCAACAAGGUUCCUUUCGUGAUGGCCAACGCCCCCGAGGGCUGGAGCCUCAAGAAGGAGGCGGGUGUUCUCGGAGACGUCGCCCCCACCCUUCUCGCUGCCAUGGGCAUCGAGCAGCCCGAGGAGAUGUCCGGAAGCAGUCUUUUGGUCAAGGCAUAG